UUUAGUUGCCCUCCUCCUUGCCUGCGUCAUGGCACAGAAGGGAAAUUCUGGCAGAGAGAACUGGAAGAACGAUGCUGAGUAUGAAGGAUACGAAUGGAUGGAACCAAUGUCACAUAAGGGAUUCCCAAUGUGGCAAGAUUCGACCCUUUAUGAUGAGACUUAUAAUGAGACCUUUACCGAGACAUUUUAUGAGAGUAGAUAUGAGCCAUAUGGCCCUUAUGGACCACGAGGACCAAUUAGAGAAUAUGGUGUUAUCCAAGAACACCUAGAGCCAGUAUAUACUGCUCCUCAGUGGGUAAAUAACUCUCAGCCUGUUGAGUACACUCCAGAUCCAGGAACUCCCCCUCCCCCAAAGAAGACAGUCUCUCCUCUCUGGGUUCCUAAGCCACCAAAAGUAAGACAGCCACUGAAGCCGGUGUAUGACACCCAUUAUGCUGAUACUGCUGGAAGAGAGCAAGAUCCAGCGGGAACUUGGUAUCCAAAGAGAUGGUAG